AUGGAACGGAUUUCCACAUUUACAUUAGAAAUAUAUAAAAAUAAUGUUAUGUGUAGACAAGAAGCACUACGCAAGUAUGAAUUAUCAGUGUGUUCAAUAACCGGAAUAGAAAAAGGAAGAGUUACACACAAAAACGAUAUCAAGCACUACUAUCUGUCAGUUGUACAGGAAGGAGUUGUUGUUAUAUUUCAACAAGAGACAAUGCCAGAAAAAGACGGUUAUGAUAAACAUGACAUAGGUGAAUGGAAUGAAACACUAAGGAAACAUUUUGACCAUGAAGAAACUCACGAGAUUAAAGUUGAAUAUUCAGGAUCAGCUGAAAAAGCCAUAAUACACUUUUUCAAGAAUGCCAUUGGGAUUACAUGUUUUGAACCUGUACGCCACCUACAGAAGUGGACUGGGCAUGAAAUUAAUCGUUAUAAAAUGGAAAAUAAAAAGAUUAUUGUGGAAAUUGAUCAACCAAAUGGUGAAAUUAAAGAAUACAUUAUCUCAGCUGCACUCAAGAAAGAAGCAACUAUUCAAAAUGUCUAUAAGAAAUUAGAAGCAAUUUCAAAAAAUAUCAACAAGCCACCUAGACCACCAUUACCGCCACCAAUUGAUAAUAACAACACGACAUACAGACCUUCGUUAACACCAAUUCAGCCAUCGCUACCCGAUGAAGCACCUAAACUUCCACCUAAAAAGAAAAAGCAGGGGCAACAUACAACAGGGAAUAAAGCUAGCCCUUCAAACAUUAAUGUACCACCACGACCUCCACCUCUUCCCUCGCCAAGACCGAAGCCUCCAGAUGGAUGUCCUUUUAGUUGGAAAGAUGAAAAACUAGAAUCAGAAUCUGAUGAUGAAGACAGUCAGAGUGAUUAUGUACAGAUGGAUGAUCAGCAUAAUAAACUGCCUGAAGACAAUUCUGCCAUUGUUGUUGUUUGCCCUCAUAACUCAAAAUAUCCUUCUCCGGUACCUUGUCCUCCUAUAGUUCCACCAAGGAAAAGAAAAUGUCCAACAAUUACAGAAACUGUAGAUUGUCUGUUAAAACAGGAGUUCACCAAAUUAAUCACAGAACCAACUUUGUUCCUGACUCCAAAACAACGAAGUGCUCUCUAUCAUCACUUUGAUGUGAAUAAUGGAUGGGAAAAAUUUGCCAUUUAUUUAAAGUUACCGCUACAAGACGUGAAUGUUGUGAAAACAUUCUCCAUGAAUCACAGGUAUUCAAUCUCAGAUGUGUUUCUCUAUCACUGGGAGGCAACGCAAUCUCCCGUGCCGUGUACUAUGUCCGCACUCAUAAAGAUGCUGGAGGAAAUAAACAGAGAUGACUUAGUGAACAUUUGCAAGCAGACAGACUGA